CUGUUACUAUAUAAACACAUACUGAGAGAGGCUGCCUGCGCUUCCCACUACACACACUCAGAGAAACCUGUAUGUGAAAGACAGAUGGAGUUCGAGAGGGACAGAGAGAGAGUGACACGACAGAGAGUGUGUGUGUGAGUGAGAGAACGAACGCUACUAGUUGGGAAAGAAGGUAUAGAGAGACAGGGGAGACGACUAACGGUUGCCUAAAGCAGCAUCAGAAGACUCGGUGACGGUCUCUCUCUGGCUCCACCGGGCUCCCGCGCGCUCUGCUGCAAGAACUAACUGCAAAACGGAUUAUUUAAUUUUGUAAUUUUUUUAAAAUGUAUUUUUCUCUUCGUCUGCUUCUUGAAUAACACUUUAUUUUACAAUCUUGAGAAAGAUUUAAGCAGGUAUAAUACGUGUUUUUUUUUGGCGGAAUAGAGGGAGAGGGGUUAUUCUGGGAAGGUUUUCCUCUACUUUCCAUUUCUUGUAACUUUUUUAAAAGAAAAGCCCCAGUUUAUUUUCAGAAUACUUUCCGAGACUCGCUCACUGUUUCCACGUGCGCUCUGAGAGCGGGACAAAUAACUGUCAAACGGAUCUUUUUUUUAUCCCGUAUUGUUAUAUUUUCUUAUUUAGGGAAAUUGACCUACAAAAAUCGAACCAAAAAUGAGAUUUCAAACGUUAAUUCAUCAGUUUCCACUCUCGAUGAAUGCUUUCCUUCAUUAAAGUUAUUGAAGGUGACGUUUUUUAAAAGGACUUUGUAACAUAUUUCUUUACACACUGAUUGAUAACCUUGGAACUGCGAGAGGGGAGAGAGUUCAGCGCGUCAUCUCCAUUGAAUUGUUAUCUAUUUCAACGAGAACAAAAACUAGCAUUUUUAUAGUUAUUUAUUUCAUAAUCAAUCAAUUACAAUCAAUCAAAUCAUUUUUAUCGAUAACCAUCGAUAUAUUGAUUGAUCAUCCUCAGAGCAUUUCCAAUUCCUUAUAACUCAACUUCCCUGCACGGUGGUGAGAUCAGUGAUUUCCUCCUCCCCUCCACCACCAUCACCCAGACACCGACCCUUCCUCGCCAUGCUAUUCGAUAACUUUGACCUGGUUUCAGCCUUGGCCACGCUAGCGGCCUGCGUGGUGUCCAUGGUCCUCCUCCUAGUUGUGUCCCAGCAACUCUGGCAGCUCCGAUGGACGUCGACCCGGGAUAAGAACUGCAAGCUGCCGAUGCCCAAAGGUUCCAUGGGGUUCCCCAUCAUAGGAGAAACCUGCCACUGGCUCGUCCAGGGGUCGGCGUUCCACGCAUCGCGGAGGCAAAAGUACGGCAACGUCUUCAAGACCCACCUUUUGGGACGCCCCCUGAUCCGGGUCACCGGUGCGGAGAAUGUCCGGAAGGUUCUAAUGGGAGAGCACACAUUGGUCAGCGUGGACUGGCCUCAGAGCACCUCGACCCUACUGGGACCCAACUCACUGGCUAACUCUAUAGGAGAUAUACACCGCAAGAGACGAAAGGUCUUUUCCAAGGUAUUCAGUCAUGAGGCUCUGCAGUCCUACCUCCCUAAGAUCCAGCAGGUGAUCCAGGAGUCACUGAGGCUGUGGAGCUCCAACCCAGAACCCAUCAACGUCUACAGGGAAUCCCAGAGGCUGUCGUUCCACAUGGCAGUGAGGGUACUGCUGGGGUUCAGAGUAGCAGACGAGGAGAUGAGACAUCUGUUCAACGAGGCGACCAUUGAGCUGAUCUUCGCAGCGUUUGCCACCACGGCCAGUGCCUCCACCUCUCUCAUCAUGCAGCUCCUACGCCACCCUGCCGUGUUGGAGAAGUUACGAGAGGAGCUCCGGACCAGGGGGAUCCUCCACAACGGCUGUCUGUGCGAGGGGGAACUGGGUCUGGACACCAUCGUUAGUCUGAAGUAUCUGGACUGUGUGAUUAAGGAGGUGCUGAGGCUCUUCACGCCCGUGUCUGGGGGUUAUAGGACGGCCCUGCAGACCUUUGAACUAGACGGGGUACAGAUCCCGAAGGGUUGGAGUGUGAUGUACAGCAUCAGAGACACACACGAUACCUCCUCCGUUUUCAAGGACGUGGACGCCUUCGACCCCGACCGCUUCUCCCAGGAACGCAGCGAAGACAAGGAGGGACGCUUCCACUACCUCCCGUUCGGCGGCGGCAUCCGCUCCUGUCUCGGGAAACAGCUCGCCACUCUCUUCCUCCGUAUACUGGCCAUCGAGCUGGCCAGCACCAGCCGGUUUGAGCUGGCGACCCGGAAUUUUCCUCGAGUGGUGACGGUGCCGGUGGUUCAUCCAGUGGACGGGUUGAAGGUGAAGUUCUACGGUCUGGAUUCUAACCAGAACGAGAUUCCGUCAGAUCUACUAGCCGACAUCAAAACGGAAGAGCUGCUGGGAGCCGCGGUGUAGAUCGUUGAUUUGGAUUGGACGAAGCACGGGUGAAGGAGGAAGGGAGGGAGGGAAUAGAGGGAGGAGAAAUGAGAGAGAGGAGGAGGAUGGAUGGAGGACAUGGCAGAGAGAGUAAAAGGAGGAUGGGAGGUCAGGACUGAUCUAGCAUCCUUUUUUUCCCCCAUUUUGCUGAUGUCUUGGAAUGUUGGAUGUCUCCGUUGAACUCUAAAAAGGAACAUUCUGAAUUCUGUUUCCUUCUCUUUUCUCGUGUUAUUGUCAGGUCAUUGGAACUUUCUGGGAGACUAAGAAGAAGAACAGAAGGUGCCAAAAAAAGUGUAUAAUCUCUAUUCCGUUUGUUUUCCAAGAAAUAUACAAAACUAUGUAUAAAAUGAAAAGUAAUGUAAUAUAAUGAAUGAAUUAAAAAACAGAAGAUUUAAUGUUGAGAGAAGUUAUGCACAGUUAGGAAACAGAUUCUUACGGGGAGUGUAUUUUGGAUUAGAGGGAUGGAUGGAGGUAGGGAAGAACGAACGACAUAAUGGGAUAAAACAGGGUAUAAUGAUUUAAGAAGCUUAGGGAAAGGAUAACAGACAGGAGAAUCUACACAGGAGAAAGAGAGAGACUCUUAAAGUGAAUGAAGCAUCCAGAGCUAGAGAGAGAAGGGUCAGAGGUGGGCUCAUACAGACUUGUAUAUAUCAAGGUGCUUCAAAUCCAGUCCUGGCAAGUGGUAAGGUUUUACAGGCUUUUCUUCCAGCUCUAACACACGUCUCUCAAACAAUCUAUCAACCUAUCAACUAUCACGAUUAGUUAACUGAGGCGUUUUUACCAGGAAAAUGGACUAUAAUUCUCCAGGAUGGGGUUGAAGCAGAGACCCCCUGCUAUAAAGGACUUCAGGGAGAAUGCGAAAGAGAGACUCAAACCUGGAAAGGACUUUAGGAUUGUGUGUUAAUAGCUCAGGUGUGGAAGGGGAUCUUUCAUUGGACGUAUUUUCAUAUCUUCAUUUUUUAUUUUUUUACUCAACCUGCACAUAAGAGACGAUCAGUUGUUCCCAUAUCAUCCCCCUUCCCCUUCAAACACUCGAAUCUGUGCUAUGAUGUCAUCGGACGAUGUGUCCGUGUGUCCGUCGCUUGGCCUGAUAUCUGCCUCUUUGCUUGACUGGAUGUGUUACGGAUAGAAAGGAGAAGCAUUUUUCUAAAGCUAUCAGAAUCGUCUAAGCUGGAGGAAGAAUGAUAGAGAGAAAGAGAAGGGGAGAUAAAGAAAGAGAAGAAGAGAUAAGAGAGAGGGGAAGAGAGGGAGAGAUAGAGGAGGAGAGGAGAUAUACUUGCUGCUUGAUAGUUGCUUUGUUUUCGUUUUGUAUUUCAGUUGGAGCAGAGUGUUGUUGUACUCUGUGGGACGUGAAGGUGACAUUUUGACUAGCUGCUCCUCUUUAUCAACACAAAAAUGCAAAAUUGAUUUAAAGAAAAAUCUAAACUUUAUUAGCUAAUGAGAUUUAACAACGUGAGACGAUUGCACAAUCAGAAUCAUUUUUGGAACUUAUUACCCCAACACCAGGAAAUGUCCAUCAUGGAUACGGAGAGAAAAUACUUCCAAAACAAAACUACUUCCUGUAUAACUCGUCAAAAGAAUACUUAAUGAACUUAAUGAACAUUCCGGAACUCACAAGCAUUCCGGAACUCACAAGCAUUCUGGAACUCACAAGCAUUCUGGAACUCACAAACAUUCUGGAACUCACAAGCAUUCUGGAACUCACAAACAUUCUGGAACUCACAAGCAUUCUGGAACUCACAAACAUUCUGGAACUCACAAACAUUCUGGGACUCACAAGCAUUCUGGAACUCACAAGCAUUCUGGAACUCACAAGCAUUCUGGAACUCACAAACAUUCUGGAACUCACAAACAUUCUGGGACUCACAAGCAUUCUGGAACUCACAAGCAUUCUGGAACUCACAAGCAUUCUGGAACUCACAAACAUCCUGGAACUCACAAACAUUUGUGGAAUUCACAAACAUUCCGGAACAUUCUGGAACAUUCUGAAACAAAAUCCCCAAAAUCCUUGGACAGUUGGGAGUUUUAUCCGGAGGGAGCUAGGACCCAGGGACUGUUGGGAAAAGCUUCAAUAAAUGAUAUUCUACUACCGUCUUCUACAGAUAUGUAAUGUCUAUAGUGUUAAAGACGUAUAUAUUCUGGGACCAACUACACCACUGAUUGUCUACACAUACUAUAAGUACAGUGAGCUGCUUGUGUGUUUCUAAAUGACAGAUAUAGAAGUGCAUCAUAUAUAGAUUGUGUGUUUCUAAAUGACAGAUAUAGAAGUGCAUCAUAUAGAGAUUGUGUGUUUCUAAAUGACAGAUAUAGAAGUGCAUCAUAUAGAGAUUGUGUGUUUCUAAAUGACAGAUAUAGAAGUGCAUCAUAUAGAGAUUGUGUGUUUCUAAAUGACAGAUAUAGAAGUGCAUCAUAUAUAGAUUGUGUGUUUCUAAAUGACAGAUAUAGAAGUGCAUCAUAUAGAGAUUGCAAGUGAGAUUUCUCGUUUUUUUAUUGUAUUUUAACAUUGUAUUUAGCAAAUAUUUGUAUUUUGUGAAAAGCAAAGAGGGAGUUCUGUUUAUUCUGAUUCUUGUGUUUAGUAAGUAAGCCAUGAGUUAACACCUGUUCUAUCUAAUAACCUAAUAUUAUUAUUAUUGACUAUUAAUAUUUCUCAUUGUAAUAAAAUAUUAUUAUUUUAAGUUGCCAUUUUUAUUAUAUUUCCAGAGUUUUAGUAUAAAUGUCAAAAGUCUGUUGGUAAAUAUCUUUAUAUUUAGUACGAUAUGAAUUAUUUCAGUUAUAUUGUAAAACAGCGUUGAAUAUGUUAUUGUUUAUUGUAAUAAUUAUUAUUAUUUUGUGUUAUUAUUAUAAUUAUCAUUAUAAUUAUUAUACUAAUAAUUAUUAUUAUUAUCACCACAUUCAUUUAUUAUUCAUAUUAAGAAGACAAUUACUAAUUAGUGUCCCAUUUGACACCCUAUUCCCUAUACAGUGCACUACUUUUGAUCAGAGUCCUACGGUAAGUAGUAAACUAAUAAGGGACUAGGGUGUCAUUUGGGAUGCAAGUCUAUCGCUGUCUGUCUGUCUUUCUGUACAUAAUGUGUAUUUCAUUUUACAGAUCCCAACAAUUCACUUAGUUCAAAUAUGAAUGUUUUUCAACUGUGAUUCUUAAAUGUACUCCUGUAAUAAAAUAUAAUGUGAAAAUUAA